CUUAGGAGCUCAGAAGAGUCGGCUGCUGCCGAGUACUUGCGAUAAGUAGGGAGUUGGUUGUAUCCUUAGCAGCACAUCAUUCCAAUGGUUCCUAGAGCUGGGAUUACUAACUAAUAUUGCAAAACCAUAACACAGCUAGUUGAGCAAAUAACUUUAAAGUGGAAGUAGAGCUGUGAGUGACAGUGGCAAGUGCAGCGCGUGGGACCAGUGUGUCAUUCCAUGAGAACUUACAGUGAAGCUCCCUGCUCUGCCGGAGGCUUUGGCAGCGGGCGGAUAGGCAUAUGCGGCGGCCAUCGAGCUGCAGCCUUGAGGGAUGCAAGAAGGCGAACCAGCAACGGACUGUGCAUUCAUUACUUGGAGCAGCAGGUUCUUUUCACACAUAGCUUGGGAUAACAGUUUUAAUUAUCUUAACAUUUUAAAACAUAACCAGCCGCAUACCUGUGAGCUGCAUUAGGGUCAUUUGGAUUCAAGUAUGAUGGCUUGGUUAUUCUUGGUCUCAUUAAGGUUUUUCUAAAUCGGAAGCUAAUCUGGAAAGAGGCUGUUGUGAUACUCGGUGCAUCGAUUAGUGAUGGCACCAUCCAAGAUACAGCACACCGGUGCAGACUGAGCGUUCUGGACUUUUGCAAAUUGCAGAUUCGUUAUUCGCCCCUCCCCCUCCUGCCCCUCGGAAAUGCUGGUGCUUUUGCUACUGCUCUUGCUCACGGACUUGGGGUUCGGUCAGCUACAUUACACAGUACCAGAGGAGCAAGAACAUGGCACUUUUGUGGGAAAUAUCGCGGAGGAUCUGGGCUUGGACAUUACAAAACUUUCAGAGCGCCGCUUCCAGACGGUGCCGAGCUCUCGGAGCCCUUACUUGGACAUUAACUUGGAAACCGGGGUGCUGUUUGUUAGCAAGAAGAUAGACCGAGAGCAAAUUUGCAAACAGAGCCCUAGCUGCCUGCUGCACCUCGAAGUCUUCCUAGAGACUCCACUUGAACUGUUCCGCGUGGAAACUGAGGUGAUGGAUAUAAACGACAACCCUCCCGAGUUCCCAGAAAGCGAUAUCACUCUAGAGAUAUCAGAAAGCGCCAUUCCGGGCACCCGUUUCCCGCUUGAAAGCGCUUUCGAUCCAGACGUGGGUACAAAUUCUCUGCGCACGUAUGAACUCAGCCCCAACGCCUUCGUGCACCUAGAUAUACAAACUCAGGCAGAGGGUACCAAAGUAGCUGAGCUGGUACUGGACAAAGCACUUGAUCGGGAGCUGCAAGCGGUGCACCGCUAUGUACUGACCGCAGUGGAUGGGGGAUUGCCGCAGCGCACUGGCACUGCUCUUCUCACCAUCAGGGUGCUCGAUUCAAACGACAAUGUGCCUGUUUUCGAGCAACCCGUCUACACUGUAAGUGUGCCUGAAAACUCACCAGUGGGCACUAUGCUUUUGCAGCUCAAUGCUAGCGACCUAGAUGAAGGCUCAAAUGGUGAGGUGGUUUACUCGUUCAGUAGCCACGUUUCUCCACGGAUUCGGGAGCUGUUCUCUAUUGAACCACGUACAGGACGCCUUGAGGUGAGUGGUGAACUGGAUUAUGAAGAGAGCGCUAGUUAUCAGGUCUACAUCCAGGCAAAAGACCUGGGACCCAACGCUGUGCCCGCACACUGCAAAGUGUUAGUACGCUUACUGGACAGCAAUGACAAUGCCCCCGAGCUGAGCUUCAGCACCGUGAAAGAGGCGGUGAGUGAAAGCGCAGCGCCCGGUACCGUGGUAGCCUUGUUUAGCGUUACUGACCGAGACUCUGAUGAAAAUGGCCAGCUGCACUGCGAGAUCCAGGGCGAUGUGCCAUUUAAACUCAAACCUUCAUUUAAGAACUAUUACACCAUUGUGACAGAUGGUGCCCUGGACCGUGAGACUAGUGACUCGUAUACCAUAACAGUAAUAGCCAAGGAUCAUGGUUCACCUCAACUUUCCACCAGCAAGUCAAUUAGUGUGCAGGUGUCAGAUGAAAACGACAAUGCCCCACGUUUCACCCAAUCUGUCUACAACGUAUCUGUCACGGAAAACAACGUACCGGGUGCCUACAUCUCUGCCGUUAGUGCUCUGGACCCAGACAUAGGCACGAAUGCCGAUAUUACUUACAAUAUAUUGGACUGCGACAUCCAGGGGAUGUCCGUCUUCACCUAUGUAUCCAUCAACUCUGAAAACGGCUACCUCUAUGCGCUGCGCACUUUCGACUAUGAGCAGCUCAAGAACUUCAGCUUUAUGGUAAAGGCAAAGGAUGCAGGAAACCCUCCGCUCUCAAGUAGUGCCACAGUCAACAUUUUGAUUGCUGACCAAAAUGACAAUGUCCCUUCAAUUAUAGCGCCCAUGGGCAAGAAUGGUACCGCAAGGGAACUGUUGCCCCGGUCAGCUGAGCCUGGCUACUUGGUGACCCGAGUUGUAGCUGUAGAUGCAGACGAAGGGGGGAAUGCCCACCUCUCCUAUACUCUUAAAGGUGUUGAGAUGAAUUUAUUCCGCAUGGACUGGCGAACAGGGGAAAUAAAGACAGCCAGGAGAGUCCCCAGCAAGAGAGACACCCAUAACCCUUAUGAACUUGUGGUAGAAGUGAGAGACCACGGGCAGCCCCCUCUUUCGUCUUCUGCUACUAUAUUGGUUUUCAUAGUUAACAGCGAUGUAGAACGACACGGGAGCACCCAGGGCUCAACCGGAACCAAGGAAACGUCUUUGGAUUUGACACUUAUCCUUAUCAUCGCUUUGGGUUCGGUCUCGUUUGUCUUUCUGUUAGCAAUGAUUGUGUUAGCUAUCAGAUGCCAAAAGGAAAAAAAGAUAAACAUUUACAGCUGCCUAGCUGGGGACUGCUGCUUCUGCUGCUGUUCAUGCUGCAGCAGACAGGCUAGAGCUCGUAAGAAAAAGCUCAGCAAGUCGGACAUAAUGCUGGUGCAAAGUACUAACGUUCCUAACUCAACACAGGUGCCAGCUGAGGAACCUGGUAGCUUUGGCUCUCAUCACCACAAUCAGAAUUACUGUUAUCAGGUCUGUUUGACGCCAGAGUCUGCCAAAACGGACUUGAUGUUCCUGAAGCCUUGCAGUCCUUCCCGAAGCACAGAAACAGAUCACAAUCCAUGCGGAGCCAUAGUGACAGGUUACACAGAUCAACAGCCAGAUAUCAUAUCCAACGGCAGCAUUUUGUCCAGUGAGACGAAACAUCAGCGAACAGAACUGAGUUAUCUAGUUGAAAGACCACGACGAGUGAACAGCUCUGCAUUCCAGGAGGCAGACCUGGUCAGCUCUAAAGACAGUGGUCACGGAGACAGUGAGCAAGGAGACAGUGAUCACGAUGCAACUAAUCGAGGACAGUCCUCUGGCACUGAUCUCUUUUCCAAUUGCACAGAGGAGUGCAAAGCCCUAGGACACUCUGAUAGAUGCUGGAUGCCCUCGUUUGUGCCAUCGGAUGGCCGUCAAGCAGCAGAUUAUCGCACCAAUCUACAUGUUCCUGGUAUGGACUCUGUGCCCGAUACCGAAGAGUACGAGUCACAAGAGCAGUCUGGAGAGAGGUCCUUUUCUACAUUUGGUAAGGAGAAGACACUUCACAACACUUUGGAGAGGAAAGAGUUGGAUGGACUUCUGAGUAGUACACGUGGGCCUUACAAACCACCCUAUUUGACACGGAAGAGAAUAUGCUAGUUGCUACGGGGCUUACCAGAGGCAGCAUGAUUUGCACAAAAUGUCAACCAACUAGAGCAUCAACUUUUCAACUUCAUUAUCUUGGCCAUCCAGUUUGUAACAGAAAGAUUAAUAUGCUGACAAGGAUAAAAGUGGCCAAACAUAGGACCUACUUGCUCUCAGCGGGCCUGAGAAUGGGUUGAAAUAUGUGGAACUACAGAAACCCGAGAGGAGACUGACCUUGCCUCUCUGAUCAGCGUGUGCCUGUUUACAGCACUUAUAUCAAUUUUCUCUCUGUCCAAAAUAUCACUGAGCCCUUUAGAUGUUUAUAUUCACCACAAGAAGCCAACUGUACAGAGAAAAAAAUAUAUUGUGCAUUAUAAAUGCAAUAUCACUGUUUUAGAUUUAAUUGUUUUAUAUUAUUUUUGUGUGAUCAAGUGUACCCAGACUUAAUUCAACUCUACAGAGAGAUUGUGCUCAUGGUCUUUUCACAAGUGGGUCAGGAAAAUGUUGUUACUCUCAAGACCCACGAUUUAUCAAAGACAUUCUGUAGUUUAUACACCGUGUUGCAAAGUGUUUACUGUACUAUUUCAGAGCUUAUAAAUAAAUAUAAAGAUAUAUAUAUAUAUAUAUAAUAUACUUUUCUGAAACACUGGUACCAUUUAGUUAAUUUAUCCAAAAAUGAGAUAAGGGUUUUCUAGUAUAUUACAAUAAAAGACAUCCCACUUAAAAAGAAACAAAAGAAAAAAAAGUGUUUUUUAUGGACAUACAUAAGCAUCAUGUGAACAUUAUUUUCAGAUCUCUGGUUACAGUCUGGGUGGAUACAUUGCUAAAAGACAUUAUGUGUCAUUAACCUGUUAGUUAAAUGAAGCUACAGGUUUUCCUUUUAUAUUACAGUAUACACAUCAUGGUAAACAGUAUUAGUAAAGGUUCCCAUUUAGAAAAAUAUCCUAAGACACACCUCUUAAACUGUUUAAUAAAAUAUUUUCUAAUAAA